AUGUCACCUUCAGCAUUUCUCGGGGAUUUACAUGAAGGCUGUCAUAACUAUCAAGCAUUAUGGAAGAAUCGAGAUGAAUCAGAUAACUUUCAACAACAUCAUGAUGAAGAAAUUAUCAAGGAAGAAAAACGUGCUGAAGUGGAGGCGGAAAUACGACUUCAGGUUGAUGAAUUACUUCGUGAAGAAUUAAGAAAUUUAAAAAUGGCAAUUGAUAAAGAACGUGUCAAACGAGUGACUAAGAAAAGGUCAAAAAAGGGUAGAAAAAGUAAAAAAGGCAAAAGAAGACGAGAUAAAGAUAUCACACCAGAUAGAACACUUAUUUCCCUCUAUGAAGAAUUAGCAUUAGCUGGAAUCAUUAAAAAAGUUGAAAAAUGUUCAAUGAGUGAAUACUACGGGGAAUAUUCUUAUUUAGGCACAACAUUAAGACAAGCUAAUAUUGAACCUCAACCAUCGUUAAGUGAUGUACGCCGGUUAGUCACUGAAUAUGCCAUACUACCGUUAGGUUCACAAACUGUUCAUGAAAAAGCACCAUGGAUAAAAUCUUUGCUAUUAGCUGGACCAAGUGGAACAGGGAAACGUACACUAGUCAAUAUUAUAUGCACUGAAACUGGAGCUAAUUUAAUUGACUUAUCCGCUGAAAAUAUUAUUGAUAAAUAUCCUGGUAAAGAUGGUCUAAAGAUGUUGAUACAUCUUGUCUUUAAAGUUGGACGAUUACUUCAACCAACCAAACUACCUAAAACUGAUCUAUCUGAUCCAAAACGUCUGAAAAAAGAAUUACCAAAAGCAAUGAAACUUUUAACACCAAGUGAUCGUGUCCUACUGAUCGGGUGUUCAUCAGCUCCAUUUGAAGCAGAUGUACGACCAUUUUGUAAUUUAUAUCAAAAGAUUAUUUUAAUACCAAGACCAGAUUAUUCUUCAAGAAACAUUAUCUGGAGAACACAGAUUUUUCGUCAUGGUGGUAUACUCACCGAAAACUUAGACAUUACAUCAUUAUCAAAAAUAUCUGAUGGUUAUACACCUGGUCAAAUAGCUCAAGCCUGUAGUCAAGUGGUUACAGAGAGGCGUAUAGCUCAGUUGGCUAGAAAGUGUUUAAAAGCAUCAGAGUUUAUUGGCGCUUUAGCACAAAUGGAACCAGUAUUCGCUGAUGAAGAAGAAGCCUAUAAGACAUGGUAUCGAAAAACUCCACUUGGUAAACAGAAAGCUUUAGCUAUUGAAGCUGAAAAAGAGGCUGCUGCGAGUGGUGGUAACAAGAAACCUGUUCGAGGCGGAAGGAAAUAA